AUGGAUUCUGUUCUUCUCCAGCUCUGGGCUGUCCUCUCCCUCCUGGUUCACCUUGCAGCCUGCAGUCCCAUCCUGAGCUUGGAGCACUCUUCCCUGGAGGAAGACGUGCCUCUUUUUGAUGAGAUCCUCUCUGAGCAAGAUGGGGUUGAUUUCAACACACUGCUCCAGAACAUGAAAAAUGAAUUUUUGAAGACAUUGAACCUCUCUGACAUCCCCCUGCACGAGUCAGCCAAGGUGGACCCACCAGAGUACAUGCUAGAACUGUACAACAGGUUUGCCACAGACAGGACAUCGAUGCCUUCUGCAAACAUCAUCAGGAGCUUCAAAAAUGAAGACUUGGAUUCCCACCCUGUUGGUGUUACGGGAACUCGGAAAUACCCGCUCCUGUUCAACGUUUCCAUCCCUCACCACGAGGAAAUCACCAUGGCAGAGCUGAGGCUCUACACCCUGGUGGAGCGGGACCAGAGGCUCUAUGAAGGGCUCGACAGGAAGGUGACCAUUUUCGAAGUGCUGGAGAACAUCCAUGUGGGGGCUGGGGAAGAGAGGAAGAUGGUGGCCCUGGCCUCCAGGCACAUCUACGGCACCAGCAGCGAGUGGGAGAGCUUCGAGGUGACCGAGGCCAUCCGGCGCUGGCGCAGGGCAGGGCUGACCACGCACCGGCUGGAAGUUCACAUCGACAGCAGGGAAGGGGAGGAGCAGAACGGGGAAGGGAAACUCGAUAUCGACAUCAACUCCGAGGCCAAGCACGUGCCCCUGUUGGUUGUGUACUCUGAUGACCAAAGCAAUGACAGAAAGGAGGAGAAGGAAGAGCUGAACGAGAUGAUAGACCACGAGCAGCUCCUGGACCUGGAGAACCUAGAGGUUGGCAAUUUCCACGACCAGCCCGGGGAGGAGGCGCUGCUCCAGAUGCGCUCCAACAUCAUUUACGACUCCACCGCCCGCAUCCGGAGGAAUGCCAAAGGCAACUACUGCAAAAAGACUCCGCUCUACAUCGACUUCAAGGAGAUUGGCUGGGACUCCUGGAUCAUCGCCCCGGCAGGGUACGAAGCUUAUGAGUGCCACGGGGUGUGCGCCUACCCCUUGACAGAGCACGUCACGCCGACCAAACACGCCAUAGUCAAGACUUUGGUUCAUCUGAAGAACCCCCAGAAAGCCUCCAAGGCCUGCUGUGUGCCCACCAAACUCGACCCCAUUUCUAUCCUCUACCUGGAUGCAGGGGUGGUCACCUACAAGUUCAAGUACGAGGGCAUGGUGGUGUCAGAGUGUGGCUGCAGAUAGUAGGAGGGAAGGCACGCACAGGGAGGGCACAGGGGGAGUAUUUAAUAAUUCAGUCUGUAAAUUUGUACAUUUGGGAUUUGCUAUUUAAUGAGGUUAUUUAAUGAGGCCUGUACAGAUAAUUGUAUGUUUCCUGUCAUGGGGAAUGGGCACGUCGUGUAGGGAU